GCGGGGUUGGGUCGCCCGGGCCGGCGUCGCCGCUCUGGCCGCGCCGGAGCUGGGCAACCUUGACGGGCUUUUUGUCUCGCGCUCCAGCCCCUUCCCUUCCUCCUCCUCCAGAUGCCUUUUCUCUGCCCCUCCUCGCCCGGCACACACAUUGCUAGCGCAGGCGGCCGCUCCCAGCGGCUGUCGGAGCCGCUUCUCGGGGUUUCGGCUGGUUUCCCCCGGGGGUGUUUUUUUGAGGAGGGCGAGUUCCCCUCCGCCGCGAUGGGAUUUUCUCCCCGUUCCCAGAAGGACUCUCAUUGAUUUUCUACUUCUUCAACGUUUAGUGACCAGUUCCCUAGACGUAUUUUCGUGGUAGUUCCUUUUUUCAAGCACAUUUUUUGUAAAAUGGAGAACGAGAUUUUCACUCCCCUUCUGGAGCAGUUCAUGACCAGCCCCUUGGUCACUUGGGUUAAAACGUUUGGACCUCUGGCUGCAGGAAAUGGGACCAACCUGGAGGAAUAUGUGGCUUUGGUGGAUGGGGUAUUCUUGAAUCAGGUCAUGCUCCAAAUACGAACUGGGGUGUUGGCCAGAAGUGCAGGGGGUGAGAGCAUUCACCAGAGACAGAGUGAGGAGCAAAACAGGCAGAUUCCUAUUGAGUCAUUACGUAGUCAGCAUUACCAUAUAACAAAUAUUGGGUAUCUUUUACAGGAGACUUUGCAGCAGUUGAUCAUGAUGUCAUUGCCAAAUGUCUUAAUCAUUGGCAAAAAUCCCUUUUCUGAACAAGGCACUGAAGAAGUUAAAAAGUUGCUUUUACUUUUACUGGGUUGUGCAGUUCAGUGUCAGAAAAAAGAAGAAUUCAUUGAAAGGAUUCAAGGUUUAGAUUUUGAUACAAAAGCAGCAGUUGCCGCACAUAUUCAAGAGGUAACCCAUAAUCAAGAAAAUGUAUUUGAUCUGCAGUGGAUGGAAGUAACUGAUAUGUCUCAGGAGGAAAUAGAACCACUCCUGAAAAAUAUGGCAUCACACCUAAGAAGACUUAUAGAUGAGAGAGAUGAACACUCAGAGACUAUCAUAGAACUCUCUGAAGAGCGAGAUGGUCUUCAUUUUCUGCCCCAUGCCUCUUCAGCUGCACAGUCACCCUGUGGUUCUCCUGGCAUGAAGCGAACAGAAAGUCGACAACAUCUAUCAGUAGAACUGGCAGAUGCUAAGGCUAAGAUAAGAAGGCUUAGGCAGGAAUUGGAGGAAAAGACUGAACAAUUGUUGGAUUGUAAACAAGAAGUUGAGCAAAUGGAAAUAGAACUCAAAAGGCUGCAACAAGAGAAUAUGAAUUUGCUUUCCGAUGCUCGUUCAGCAAGAAUGUACCGAGAUGAAUUAGAUGCACUUCGGGAGAAGGCAAUCAGAGUUGAUAAGCUUGAAAGUGAAGUCAGCCGAUAUAAAGAAAGACUACAUGAUAUUGAAUUCUACAAGGCAAGAGUUGAGGAAUUAAAAGAAGAUAAUCAAGUUUUAUUAGAAACAAAAACCAUGUUGGAAGACCAAUUAGAAGGAACUCGAGCGCGUUCUGAUAAAUUACAUGAAUUAGAAAAAGAGAAUUUACAACUGAAGGCUAAAUUGCAUGAUAUGGAGAUGGAACGUGAUAUGGAUAGAAAAAAAAUUGAAGAAUUGAUGGAAGAAAAUAUGACUUUGGAAAUGGCACAGAAACAAAGUAUGGAUGAGUCAUUACAUCUUGGCUGGGAGCUGGAACAGAUAUCCAGAACUAGUGAAAUUGCUGAAGCGCCACAAAAAUCCUUGGGUCAUGAGGUAAAUGAGUUGACCUCAAGUCGGUUAUUAAAGUUAGAGAUGGAAAACCAGAGUUUGGCAAAAACUGUAGAAGAACUUCGGAGUGCUGUGGAUUCUACAGAAGGCAAUACUUCCAAAAUUCUAAAAAUUGAAAAGGAAAAUCAAAGACUAAAUAAAAAGGUUGAAAUUCUGGAAAAUGAGGUUAUUCAAGAGAAGCAAAGUCUUCAGAAUUGUCAGAAUUUAAGCAAGGAUCUAAUGAAGGAGAAAGCUCAACUUGAAAAAACAGUUGAAACUCUGAGAGAAAAUUCAGAGAGACAGAUUAAAAUGUUGGAACAGGAAAAUGAACAUCUGAAUCACACUGUGUCUUCCUUAAGGCAGCGGUCCCAAAUAAGUGCUGAAGCAAGAGUGAAAGACAUUGAAAAAGAAAAUAAAAUUCUCCAUGAGUCUAUCAAAGAAACAAGUAGCAAAAUCAGCAAGAUAGAAUUUGAAAAAAGACAAAUUAGGAAAGAAUUGGAACAUUAUAAGGAAAAAGGAGAACGAGCAGAAGAACUUGAAAAUGAGUUGCAUCGUCUUGAAAAAGAAAAUGAAUUGUUGCAGAAAAAGAUAACCAAUUUAAAAAUUACUUGUGAAAAAACUGAUGCCUUAGAACAAGAAAAUUCAGAGCUAGAAAGAGAAAAUAGGAAAUUAAAAAAAACAUUGGAUAGCUUUAAAAACCUUACUUUUCAGUUAGAAUCCCUAGAAAAAGAGAAUUCCCAACUUGAUGAGGAAAACUUAGAACUUCGAAGAAAUGUGGAAUCUUUGAAGUGUGCAAGCAUGAAAAUGGCUCAGUUACAAUUAGAAAAUAAAGAACUAGAAAGUGAAAAAGAGCAACUUAAGAAGGGUUUAGAACUCAUGAAAGCAUCUUUUAAGAAAACAGAACGCUUAGAAGUUAGCUACCAAGGUUUAGAUACGGAAAAUCAAAGGUUACAGAAAGCCCUAGAAAAUAGCAAUAAAAAAAUUCAACAGUUAGAGAGUGAACUACAAGACUUAGAGAUGGAAAAUCAAACAUUGCAAAAAAACCUAGAAGAGUUAAAAAUAUCUAGCAAAAGACUAGAACAGCUGGAAAAAGAGAACAGAUCAUUAGAACAAGAGACUUCUCAACUGGAAAAGGAUAAGAAACAACUGGAGAAGGAAAAUAAGAGACUUCGACAACAAGCAGAAAUAAAAGAUACCACAUUAGAAGAAAAUAAUGUGAAAAUUGGAAACCUGGAAAAAGAAAACAAAACUCUAUUUAGAGAGAUUGGUAUUUAUAAAGAAUCCUGUGUUCGCCUGAAAGAAUUAGAGAAAGAAAAUAAAGAGCUUGUAAAAAGAGCCACUAUUGAUAUAAAAACCUUGGUUACUUUACGUGAGGAUUUAGUGAGUGAAAAAUUGAAGACUCAACAAAUGAAUAAUGAUCUAGAAAAAUUAACGCAUGAGCUUGAGAAGAUAGGAUUAAAUAAAGAGCGACUCUUACAUGAUGAGCAAAGUACUGAUGACAGGUACAAACUUUUGGAGUCAAAAUUAGAAUCUACUCUAAAGAAGUCCCUUGAGAUAAAAGAAGAAAAAAUUGCUGCUUUAGAAGCUAGAUUAGAAGAAUCCACAAAUUAUAAUCAGCAGUUGCGCCAAGAACUUAAAACAGUGAAAAAGAAUUACGAAGCUCUCAAACAGAGACAAGAUGAAGAAAGAAUGGUACAGAGCUCUCCUCCAACAUCUGGUGAAGAUAACAAAUGGGAACGAGAAAGUCAGGAAACAACUAGAGAACUUCUGAAAGUUAAAGACAGAUUAAUUGAAGUAGAAAGAAAUAAUGCUACACUGCAAGCAGAGAAACAAGCGUUGAAAACUCAACUGAAACAGCUUGAGACACAGAACAAUAAUUUGCAGGCUCAAAUUCUUGCACUUCAGAGGCAGACAGUGUCAUUACAGGAACAGAAUACUACUCUUCAAACACAGAAUGCCAAACUCCAGGUUGAAAAUUCCACUCUUAAUUCCCAAAGUACCUCACUUAUGAACCAAAAUGCCCAACUCCUAAUCCAGCAGUCUUCAUUAGAAAAUGAAAAUGAAACUCUGAUUAAAGAGCGAGAAGACCUGAAAUUACUCUAUGAUUCUCUGCUCAAAGAUCAUGAAAAGCUGGAACUUCUCCAUGAACGACAGGCUUCAGAGUAUGAAUCUCUUAUUGCUAAACAUGGAACUCUGAAGUCUGCUCACAAAAAUCUUGAGGUGGAACAUAAAGACCUCGAAGACCGGUACAAUCAGUUACUGAGACAGAAAGGACAAUUGGAAGAUUUGGAAAAAACAUUGAAAGUAGAACAGGAAAAAAUGCUACUUGAAAACAAAAACCAUGAGACUGUAGCUGCAGAAUACAAGAAACUUUGUGGUGAAAAUGACAGGUUGAAUCAUAUAUAUAUACAGCUUUUAAAAGAGACUGAAGUUUUACAAACUGAUCAUAAAAAUUUGAAAAGUCUUCUAAAUAACUCCAAACUGGAACAAACAAGAUUAGAAGCUGAAUUUUCAAAGCUUAAGGAACAAUACCAGCAGUUGGACAUUACAUCCACCAAACUAAAUAAUCAGUGUGAGUUGCUAAGCCAACUUAAAGGAAAUUUAGAAGAAGAAAACCGACAUCUACUAGAUCAGAUUCAGACAUUAAUGCUACAGAACAGAACACUAUUGGAGCAGAAUAUGGAAAGCAAGGAUCUUUUUCAUGUUGAACAAAGACAGUACAUUGAUAAGUUAAAUGAAUUAAGACGACAAAAAGAGAAAUUAGAAGAGAAAAUUAUGGAUCAAUACAAAUUUUAUGACCCAUCUCCUCCUAGAAGGAGAGGCAACUGGAUUACUCUAAAAAUGAGAAAAUUGAUAAAGUCUAAAAAAGAUAUCAAUCGAGAACGUCAGAAAUCUCUAACAUUGACACCUACACGCUCAGACUCCAGUGAAGGAUUUCUUCAGCUCCCCCAUCAAGACAGUCAAGAUAGUUCUUCAGUAGGUUCAAACUCUUUAGAAGAUGGCCAGACUUUGGGAACCAAGAAAAGCAGCAUGAUUGCACUGAAAAGACUGCCCUUUUUGAGGAACAGACCGAAGGAUAAAGACAAAAUGAAGGCCUGCUACCGUCGUUCCAUGUCCAUGAAUGACCUGGUGCAGUCCAUGGUCCUAGCAGGAGGACAGUGGACAGGUAGUACUGAGAAUUUGGAGGUUCCUGAUGAUAUUGCAACGGGUAAAAGGAGAAAAGAAUUGGGAGCUAUGGCCUUCUCUACUACAGCUAUCAACUUUUCAACUGUCAACUCUUCUACAGGCUUCAGAUCCAAGCAGUUGGUUAAUAAUAAAGAUACUACAUCCUUUGAAGACAUAAGUCCACAAGGUAUUAGUGAUGAUUCUAGUACGGGAUCAAGAGUUCAUGCAUCAAGACCAGCCAGCCUUGAUAGUGGCAGGACAUCCACUAGCAAUAGCAAUAACAAUGCUUCACUCCAUGAAGUCAAAGCAGGUGCAGUUAACAUCCAGAGCAGACCACAAAGCCAUAGCAGUGGAGAAUUUAGCCUACUUCUUGAUCAUGAGGCUUGGUCCAGCAGUGGUAGCAGUCCAAUUCAGUACUUGAAAAGACAAACCAGAUCAAGUCCAGUACUACAGCACAAAAUGCCUGAAACACUGGAAGGUCGAACAUACCACAAAAUCAAAACUGGUUCCCCUGGAAGCGAAGUUGUUACACUACAACAGUUUUUGGAAGAAAGCAGCAAGCUUACCUCAAUACAGAUAAAGUCUUCAAGUCAAGAGAAUCUUUUAGAUGAAGUAAUGAAAAGCUUGUCUGUCUCUUCUGACUUUUUGGGAAAAAGUAAACCAGUUAGCUGUGGUCUUGCCAGGUCAGUCAGUGGAAAAACCCCAGGAGACUUCUAUGAUAGAUGGACAACUAAGCCUGAACAGUUUGUGAGACCUGGAGCUCAAAAGACUGAAGAUAAUUUUUCCAUUAGUUCUCCAGGAAAACCUACAUCAGGCACUCAAGGAAAAAUAAAAUUAGUAAAAGAAACUUCUCUGUCACGACAAUCAAAAGAUAGUAAUCCUUAUGCCACUUUACCUCGUGCAAGCAGUGUGAUCUCUACUGCUGAAGGAACUACCCGGAGGACAAGCAUCCAUGAUUUUUUGACCAAGGACAGUAGACUGUCUAUGUCAGUUGAUUCACCACCAGCUACUACUGCUGAUAGCAACAUCACUGCAGCAUCUAAUGUGGACAAAGUACAAGAAAGCAGAAAUUCAAAAAGCAGGUCUAGGGAGCAACAAAGCUCCUAAUUCUAUUACCCACUACAUGACAUGUGGGCCAAGUGAGAGAAAAGUGUCCUUCAGUUUCUCAGUAUGAAGCCUUUAUUUCUGAAGUAACAAGACACCCAACUAUAGGAAUCAUUUUUAAACUCUUUAAGGAGACUUUAAACAAUCCUUCGUGACUAGAGCAGGCAAGAAAUACAAACCUUCAUUCCUUCCUUGAAUCAAGGAGCACUACUGGAGUCAACUGCCAAAAUUUUUAGAAGGUUUUAGAACUUACUACACUCUGUUAAGAUCUACUGAAUAAAGGAUGUUCUCUCGCUAAGGACCAAGUGUUUUAAGGUUUCAAGAAGUACACCAAGAACAUCUACUUCUUUCAUCAUUUGUUUAUGAAUUUAUCUGUUUGCUUAAUGCUUCUGCUAAGUAUUAGCCAAAAUCUAGCCAUUUAUAUUUAGUUGUGUAAAUCUAAAUUAAAUGCUGUAGUAUGUGGUGGAAUGUACUAUAUAUUAAGAUACAGAGAACACUGCUUUGGCAUGUCAGAGCCUUAUUUGGCUAGCAGACUGCAUGUGUUGGUACUCCUUUUUUUUUUUUAAGCCAAUUAUUUUGACGCACUGCAAAAGAAAUUCAGUUUAUAAGUAAAUCUAAAGAAUUCAUGAGAAAGGAGUUAUAAAAAAUGUACAGUUAAUCUUUCUGUAUUCCCAUUAAGCAACACUAAGCAUUCAUACAUGGAUCCAAGGUAAUUAAAGAGUGUUUUUCUGAAACUUUUUGGUAAGGUGGUUUUCCAACAAAUGGCAUUCCCAAGAUAAAACUGUUGUAUUUUAACUCAUUUCCCUUUUUUAGCAUUGGGUUAUAUAUGUGUGUUUGUUUUUUAACUUGAGAGCUGACUGUUGCUUAAGAAGUUUUUCUUAUGGCAAAAAUAAUGUAAAUAAUUUACUAUUAUCUGCAUUUUGCCAAGGAUUCAUUUAUUACUAAGACUAUCACUAAGAUUUUUGGUUUUGUCCUUUAUAUUAUUACAGUUAAAGUUGGUAACUAUUACUGGUACUUUUGAACUAUUUGUAUGCAUUUGUUACCUUAAACAUUUGAAGGAAGCACAAAAAAUAGAUUUAGUUAACCCAGGGACACAUUAAAUUUUUUGUAGUUCCAAUUUUAUAUCACAGUUUUAUUUUCUUAUGAAAUUAAAAAAUGCAUUAAUACUUAUUAAUGCAAAUUCAUUAUUUAACAUGCAUAUCAGAAAAAUCUUAAAGGUCUAAAAUAAAAAAGAUAACUUUUUUAUUUUAACAGUAUACUUCUUAGGCUCUCAUUACCAGCUCUAAAGAUCUUUUUGGAAUAAUUCAUGUUCCAUAUUGUGUAGUUUAUGAAUUGUGUUUUUCCUUACUAAUCCAGUAGCUAUGAGAAAUAUAUUUGUCUGUCUGUUUCUCUUCCUUCGUACCUCCCCUGUUGUUUUUUGGUAGACCAGUAGCAUGUUAUGUUCAUAAUCUACUUUCAGAAAGACCAUUAAUAAAAACAGCGUGUAUACUUGACCAGAGCUAAAAUGAAAGUUAGAAAACUUGGACUUAGUCAACUUAAUGCCACAAUUAACUUAGGUUUUGCCACCAAAUAAUAGUGUAAAGCUAAAUCACUUUUUUCCCCCCAAGAAUGGUUAAAUCACUUUUAAACUCUUGGAUGAAAGGUGCUAUGUAAAUAUAAAUACAGAGGAUUCUUACUAAAAUACAAAUAAUGUACAACACACAUAUUUAAAACCUUUCUCUAGACCUUGAAACACCUUGCUCUUAUCAUGACUCCCUAGAUUCAAGUAUCACAUUGAUAAUGGGUAUCAUGGCAGUCUAGAGACACUUGCAUGUAAAAAAUGUAAAUUCAUUUUUAGGUGGGUAAUACAGUAGAUGGGUAAUUUAGAUUUAUAUUAACUAGCAUCCAAUUUGCACAACUAGGACACAUCACAGGACAGUUACUGAAAGUUGAAAUUUAAUGAGUAGGAGGUACCCCAAUGAGGUGAAUGGUAUCACCAUUUGACUGCUCCAGGACACUAAUGUUCUAAAACAGGGAACCUGCUGACUUAACAAUACAUUGUUGCUUUAAGUAUGAAAUGCUUAAUGGCAGCCCAUAAAGUAUUAGAUCUAAGUAAGCUCACCCUGAGGAAGCUCAGUUAGAGAAACAACCAUGGGAACACUUAAGACUGCAAAAGUAUGAAUCUCAAUUAUAUUUAUCAUCUUUCUCAUACCCUUUCAAGAAAAGACUAAAUAACCACAUGAGUAUAUUUUUCCCCCAAGAUACCUUCAGAAAUAAACUUAGUAGGAAGUCAUUCUUUUUCCCUUAGAUGAACUUCUACCAAGCAAAAUAGUAUGGCCAGCUAGAAACUAACUGGAACCCUUUACCUGACGAGGGCCUGACAUGCUUUUAAUUAUCUGGUUCUAUUGUCAGACAAUAUCUAAACCCCCAAAGAAACUGAAGAAUUCAAUAAAUAGGGUAAUAGCUUCAGUCUGGGCCUCCAAUAAAGUGCUUAAGAUCUGGCCAUGUGAAAAUGUUUGGUCCAAGUUUUUGAACCAGUGGUUUACCAAAGAAUUCAUGAAACAGGUUUGUGUAUAUAGCACCUUUCAUGCAAGGCAUGGUAAGAGCCUAUUUAAAAAUCACUGUGCAUAUACAGAAUUAAAGCCACCUCACAAAAGCAUUACAGCCUGCACUGUCUUAACAGUUUGUCAGAAAGUGGAAAACAUUGUACCAAAUCUGGAAUUACAAUGAGGAGUAAUAAUGUAUGCUAAAUGACUUCUGUAUUUUAAGUUACUUUUUAUGAUAAAAGUGGUAAAUUUUUGUGUUUUUCUCUCCUGCAGUACUUAGUCCUGAGAUGUAUUUUUUUUUUCUUUAAGCCUUGAAUGAUACAAAAGGAGCCCAUUUUAUAAUAUAAACUUGAUGUACAUGUUGAGAGAUAUUUGGACAACAAUGAAAAUGCCUUAAAAGGAAUGCUUAUGGAUAAAGUUGCACUUACAACACCCUUUAACAAAACCUGAUUUUAAACUGUUUUUCUUUUCUAUUAAGGGUUCUCUUUUUCAAUGUUUGCCAUUGUACUUUACAACUGUUAUUAAAUACCAAAUCAAAUAAUAUGAAAGCGGUAAUACUUCCUUUAAAAGUAAUGCUGAGGAAUUUGGAAUUGAGUGGUACAAUAUUUAUUAUUUGGCAAUCCCUAGUACCAAUCACAGAAAUCCAGUUCAUAGCAAGAGACGCCACAACUUGAUUUGUCUUUCUUAAACCAUUUUUCACUUUAGUUUCUAUUUCUCCUUAAAAAAUAAAGCUGGCUUAACAUUCAUUUAUCAAACUGAUAUAAAAAUAAAGAGGUGCUUUUUUAAUAAGUGACUAGU